CUAUCACAUUAUGUUGACAAUGAGGCGACAGAAAGUUCUACACCUUGUGUUGAUGAUUCACCAUGUUUGUCAAGCUUUCUCGUUCAAAGGUUAUGUCCAGACAGUGGCCGGAGGUGGAACGCCUCAUCAGGGUGGUAAAACCCAAUGUUUUGAUGCYGACAACUUAGUAGAUGGGGUGGGUUCAAAGGCACGGUUUAGUUAUCCAUGGGGUAUUACCUACCAUGAAGGCACGCUCUACGUUAGUGACUGCAGUUGUCCCGAGUCGACGAGGCCCAAUCAAAAUGAGAAGAUACGAAAAAUUGACAUUGAAACAGGCGGUGUGAAUACAGUCGCAGGAGGAGCGACAGGUUUUCGUGACGGACCAGUAAAACAAGCACAGUUUUAUCACGUCUCAGGAAUGGYUGUGAAUCCUGCUGCUAGUAACAUCAUGUACGCGGUCGAUUCGGGUAACUCAAGAAUAAGAAAAGUGGAUUUAAAAUCUGGAAUCGUCUCGACUAUUGCAGGAAGUAAAACAGGGUUUGUGGAUGGUAUUGGAAGUAAGGCCUUGUUUAAUAAUCCUCAGUCCAUAAUCUUUGACGCUACGAAAAACAGGCUUUUGGUCGGCGACACUGAUAAUCAUGCAAUCAGGAUCAUUUCACUUAACGACGUUACAGUCACUACUUUGACGGGCGGGAAGMAAGGUUUCAAGGACGGCCACAAGAUACAAGCAAAGUUUUUUCAUCCUACUGGCUUGGCCUUGGAUACGUCUAACCAAGUCCUGUAUGUGGCUGACCAUUAUAAUCACGUGAUCAGAGCUGUCAAUAUAAAGAGCGGCAAAGUAUCAACGUUAGCAGGAGGUGGUCGACAGGGAUUUUUUGAUGGUUCAGGAGAAGAGGCACGCUUUAAUUACCCCGAGGGAAUAGCAUACGAUCCAGAAUACCAAGUACUUUACGUCGCAGAGUUUGACAAUAACGCUGUUCGUAUGGUAACUUUAAAAGGUGAAGUAACGACGCUAGCAGGUGGAUAUCUCGAAGGGUACUUGGAUGGAUCAGGUGGGGUUGCCCGGUUUUUCCAUCCAACAGGAUUGGCAUUUGAUAGCAAGCGAAAGAUUAUCUACGUGACAGACCAGUGCCGGAGCUAG